GUGCUCGCCGCGGGGGCGGUGCCCGUGCUCAUCGACGACGACUUCGUGGCCCCGUACGGCCUGGACGGCCUGGAAGGCUGGGCGGUGCGCCUGUGGGAGGACAAGGUGCACGAGGCCCCCGGCAUCCUGAGUCGCAUCGACAAUGCGUCGAUCUGUGCGAUGAAG